AAUUAAUGGCGCCAAAACUUCCAUAUUCUCCCGCGCCUCCAUGUCAAAACCCUCCUCCUCCCCCACCUUUAUCUCCUCCUACUCUCUCUCUCUCUCUCUCUGAUUCUCUGAACUCUUGCUCCUUUCUUUCUCCGCUCCAUUUCAUCUCAUUUCUCUUCAUCUCCGACGAUGCAGCAUCCCAAGCCACACAUUCCAGCUUCUAUCUCCGCCGGUUCUGCAAUCUCAUCUGAUUCUGAUCUGAAGCCGGCCAAGAAGCAGCGCGGCAGCUACAACUGCGGCCGAUGUGGUCUCCCCAAGAAGGGCCAUUCAUGUCAUCUUCCUCCUACUACCGCCGCCAACGCCACUCCCUCCCCUUCCGAUUCAUCCGCUGCUUCUGUACCUUCUUCUCUUUCCGCCAUUCGGACAACCACCUUGCCUCCACGCCAGCCAUACUCUCACCUCCGCCGCGCGCUCUCCUUCGAUGAUAUCGACAUUCGCUGCGACUCGAUUGAACCCGAAUCCGACAAUGAAUUGCCCGAUCCGGAUGUAGAUCAGGGGAGCUUCUACGGGGGGUUGCCGCCGGUGUGCUUGUGGGAGGUGCUUAGGAGACUACCGCCGGCGGGGAUUCUGGCGGCGGCGAGGGUAUGUAAGGGGUGGAGGGAUACAACUAGAAAGCUGUGGAGGGCAGCUGAGGAGCUCCGGCUUAGGGUGCCGGUUAGAGCUCAGAUUGGGUUCGUUGGAUCGCUGUUGCAGAAGUGCCCUGGGCUUGUCAGGCUUUCUCUUAGGAUGGAAAGUGAUUUGGAUGCAACGAUGUUAGCUUGUAUUGCGUUCUCAUGUCCUAACCUGGAGUGUAUGGAGAUAACUGCUUCUGAUACCGCAAUUAAUAGGAUUACUGGGGAUGAAUUGGGUCGUUUUGUUGCUGACAAACGCUGUCUUACAAGCCUUAAGAUGGAAGGGUGCUCCAAUUUAGGAGCUCUUGUCCUCUGUUCAUCAAGCCUUUCUAUCCUUUGGCUUUCAGAUCUGUCCUCACUCUCUAAGAUGGUUUUGAACUGUCCCAAUCUGAAAGAGGUAUCCCUAGAUUUUUCUUGCCAAGAGAAUGAUACUACCGAUCUUACCACAAUGGUUGAAGGCUUGGGGAGGAAUUGCCCGAGAUUGAAAAACAUUCACAUUGCAUCAGUCAGGCUUUCUCAUGCUUCUGUGCUAGCACUUACAGAUGCGAACUUGAGGGGGUUGCGAAUGCUUUCUCUAGUUCUUGGAUCCGAAAUCACUGAUGCAUCUGUUGCUGCCAUUUCCUCAAGUUAUUCAAACUUGGAGUUGCUUGAUCUAAGUGGGUCUAGCAUCAGUGACAGUGGCAUUGGAAUGAUCUGCAAUGUUUUUCCUGCUACAUUAUCAAGACUUCUCCUUGCUCUUUGUCCUAACAUCACCUCAAGCGGCAUUCAAUUUGCUGCUGCUCAACUACCUCUUCUUGAGCUCAUGGACUGUGGCAUGACCAUAUCGGAUCCCAAUUUACAAAGUGUAGUACCAGAUGAAAGUAGUGAGUCUGAGUUACAAAAAGCAUUUAACAGCAAAUUGCAUCUUAUAUAUCAGAAGCUGAUCAUCAAACAUAGCCGGUUAAAAAAGCUCAGUUUGUGGGGUUGUUGUGGUUUAGAUGCUCUAUAUUUGAACUGCCCAGAACUCAAUGACCUGAAUCUUAACUCAUGUACAAAUUUGCAUCCUGAGAGACUGCUACUCCAGUGUCCAAACUUGGAAAGUGUGCAUGCAUCCGGAUGUCCUGAGUUGUUGGUUGGAGCCAUCAAGAGCCAGGUCAAUGACAAAGAGACUGGUGCGGACAAUCAUUAUCCAUUUAAACGUUUAUCUGAUGGCUCAAAGAGAGUUCGGGUGCCACAUUUUCUACAUCAUCAGGCAGCAGAUGAUGAUAAGGCUAGAGUUGGAAGAAAGGUAGUGGAGUGCAAUGUGGUAGUUGGGUAAUUUUAACAAAUUUUAUGCAGACAGCAUUCUUAGAGCUCAUAAAAUGCAAAUAAAAUUUCAUGUAAUCAUCAUCGUUAUAAUAAUUGAAACCCCCUUCCGAUGUACAAUUUUUUUGAAGUACCAAUUCAAUUGUUUCCAGUUCCAAAAUUGGAAUUUUAAAGGGCC